AUGGAUCCUGAUCAGGAACAAGACCAAUCGGCCACAGGCGAAAGCCGUGAGCAAUUGGUCGAGAAGAUGGUCGCAGCCGCCCAGGAAGCGACUGGUGCUGAAUCAACGGCUGAAACGCUCGAGACAGAGGCGAUGACUGAAGAAGAUGCCCUGAAAAAUUUGACAGGAACCGUGAGAGAUCAGGAUGACUUGGAGCGAGAUAUCACCAUCCAGGCAAACGCCGCUCUAAUGGAGGCGGAGGACAAGAAAGAUCAGAACCGCAUCGUGAAGCUAGGUGCCACCAGGCAGAGACUUCAAUCCCAGUUGGACAAGGAGAAAAAGCGCCUGGAGAGGGUUGCUGGUAAUCCAUAUCAAUCACGUAAUGUGCAAAAAGAGAUCGCAAAACUGGAAGAAGAAAUCGGACAAAUCUCAAGCGACAUUACAGAUUUUCAAUCACGUAUUGACAAGCGACAUCGAGAGGACCCUGCGGACACCGCCGCUCAUUCCAAGUCAACAAGGCUUCCUGGCGAGAGCCACCGAGAGUAUCUCAUCCGAACAGGAAAGAUCACGCCGUUUGCAAAAGUUGGCGGACCUCGUCCUGAGGGAAUUACUGGCCAGUUGGCUGACACCAUAUUGGAAGCCGAAGAAGAAGCUGCCGCGGAACAAUAUGAUCAAGAGGCCGAGGGCCCAACAUCGCACCAGUUGUUACGCCGACCAGGUUUCGCCGAUGAAGUCGUUGAGAAAGAACCUAAAGCACCUGCGUCAGCUGCAGAAGACGAGUUUUCACUUCGUCCAAGAAAGAAACGAAGGGUCGAACGGGAGCGCAGCCCGUCGGCAGAAUUUGAACCAGAUCAGUCGUCGGCUUCUGAGUCUGCUGAUGAAACAGUUUGGCAACAGGGCAAUGAAGAUGAUCUUAUUCGGCAAGAGCGUCGCAAAACGAAGGCCAAAGCCAAAGCAUUAGAAGAAGAGAAAGUUGACCUCAGCAAGCUGGAUGAUGGUAACGAAUCACUUUACCAACGCAGACUGAAAGACUGGAUCUCCCGGAGGAGUCGAGCUAGGCGAGCUCGUCGACAAUUGGCAGACGACGAAGAUGCCGCAGUAGAGAGCGAUGAGGAUGAGGAUGAAUGGCUGAAACCAUCACCGGACUACCCCGAUCACUAUAUUGAUGAUGGCCUGAAACUGCCUGGCGACAUACACCCGUCCUUGUUUGGUUACCAGAAAACUGGUGUACAGUGGCUGGCGGAGUUGUACAAGCAAAGUGUUGGAGGUAUCAUUGGAGAUGAAAUGGGUUUGGGGAAAACUGUGCAACUAAUCGCAUUUAUCGCCGCCCUCCAUUACAGCAAAACGCUUCAUCGACCAGUCAUUGUGGUUGCACCAGCUACCCUGCUACGACAAUGGGUGAGCGAAUUUCAUCGCUGGUGGCCGCCGUUGAGAGUAUCAAUCCUGCAUUCGUCGGGAAGUGGGAUGAUGAACCCUCGAUUUGAGGAUGAAUAUGAUGUCGAACACUACCGUCCAGUUGCCAAUAAGUCUUUGAAUGCAGCUAGAAGAAUUGUCAGAGGAGUUGUGGACAAGGGCCAUGUUCUUGUCACAACUUAUACAGGCUUACAAACCUAUGCUGACGAGUUGUUACCGAUAUUGUGGGACUAUGCGGUGCUUGAUGAGGGACACAAGAUCCGAAAUCCCAACGCCGAAAUCACUGUAACAUGCAAGGAGUUGAACACCCCGAACCGGGUCAUAUUAUCAGGUACACCUGUACAGAACAAUCUGACCGAACUGUGGUCUCUGUUCGACUUUAUAUAUCCGAUGCGACUAGGAACCCUAGUAAAUUUUCGGACGCAGUUCGAGAUUCCUAUUCGUCAGGGUGGCUACGCGAACGCAUCCAAUCUUCAAGUCAUGACGGCUGAAAAGUGCGCUGAAGCACUCAAAGAGACAAUCAGCGAGUACUUGCUUCAGCGACUGAAAAUUGAUGUUGCUGCUGACCUACCCGAGAAGACGGAACAGGUCUUGUUCUGCAAGUUGACUGACGGGCAGCGAAAGGCAUACGAAACAUUCUUAGGAUCAGACGAGGUAUCAGCCAUUCUAAACAGACGGCGUCAAUCUCUGUACGGAAUUGACAUUCUGCGUAAAAUCUGCAACCAUCCCGACCUGUUGGAUAAGAGUCUUGGGAAGAAAGCUGGAUAUAAUUUUGGAAGCCCGAAGCUUUCCGCCAAGCUGCAGCUUACCAAUGACUUGUUGCAGAAAGUAAUGAUCCCAAACGGCCACAAGACGCUACUUUUCUCACAGGGCAAAUUGAUGCUCAACAUAAUCGAGAAGUGUAUGCGAGAAUGCGGCAUAAGCUAUGUUCGCAUGGAUGGAGAAACGCCAGUGGACCAACGACAGCCAAUGAUUGACAGAUUUAAUACCGAUCCGUCCAUUCAUGUUUUCCUUAUGACAACAAGAACUGGCGGUCUGGGGACAAAUCUUACAGGCGCUGAUCGAAUCAUCAUCUUCGACCCUGAUUGGAACCCAUCUACAGAUCUACAGGCUCGGGAGCGAGCAUGGAGAUUGGGACAGAACAAGCCAGUAAAGAUUUACCGACUCAUGACGGAAGGCACAAUCGAGGAGAAGAUCUAUCACAGGCAAAUUUUCAAACAGUUCAUGACGAACAAGGUGCUUAAAGAUCCGAAGCAACGGAGUUCGUACGAUUUAUCAGACUUGUAUGACCUGUUCACGUAUAAUGCUGGUGAUCAGGCGGCUGCCCAACGAAGCGACGUGUUCAAGGGAGCGGAAGUCGAUAUCUCGGCAAACAAGGACGGGACUGGUCCCAAGGGGAAGAAUCUAGCACCAAUUACCAGUGUUGGAAGCAAAGAGCGAGACAUUGAGCGACAGGAACUGCAGAAGAUGAACAUCGUUGCCGCCAUGGAAGACUUCAAAGAAGACGAUUCUGUUCACGACGAGAGGCGAAUGCUAGAGGGCAUAUUCUCACGCUCAGUGAAUAGUGCAUAUGAUCACGAGCAAAUUGUGAAUGGCCCUCAGAAGGCGAAGGCAGAUAUGAGCGUAUUGCGCCAAGAAGCCAACCAAGUUGCCCGAGAAGCAGCCGCUCACCUUCGACAUGCUGCCCAGGAAGCUCGUCGUGUACCGAUCGGCACAGUUACUUGGACUGGUGAAGUUGGAUCAGGAGGAAGACCAGGUGGAAAUAGGCGACGUGGCGGCCCGAGCUCCGCCGGUAUUAUGAAUAACCUGGCGAGUCGUCAAGGCUUGGAUGGCGGAAGUGCCAGCAGUUCUCGUUCUGGAACCCCAGGGCUAGACAAGAACUUGAAGGCGAAGGAUUUCAUCGCGAUGAUCAAGACUUUCAUAGAUCGACAUGGUGGACGAGUGCCCAGCAAAAUGCUUGUGGACCACUUCAAUCCCUACUGCCCAGGGAAGAAACAGAGCGAUGAGUUCAAGACCGCUCUGGAUAGAGUGGCAGUAUUGAAUAAGACUGGCGGCGCAGGACGGGGAAUGUGGUCACUCAAGCCGGGGUUUAAAUGA